AGCCCCCCGCUUUUCCCAUGAACCCUACUCUCUCUAUAUAAACAACUACGUCAUUAUGCCUUUUUCUCUCAAAUUAGAUUUGCUAAUGGCUUCUCAAGGUGUCUCCAUUCUCAUCGUUCUCCUUUCAGCCGUUGCUGCUUCAGAUGCAGCUGGUUCGGUUGGAAUUAACUACGGUAGAGUGGCGAACAAUUUGCCUUCACCGGACAAAGUCGUGCAACUGUUGAAGUCUCAGGGCGUCACGAAAGUUAAGAUUUUCGACACCGACGCCGCGGUCUUAUCGGCGUUGGCAAACUCGGGGAUCAGCGUAGUUGUCUGUCUUCCCAACGAACAGCUCGCUACGGCGGCCGGAGAUCAGUCCUUCGCGGACAAUUGGGUUCAAGCCAACAUCGCCAAAUACUACCCCGCGACAAAAAUCGAAGCCAUAGCUAUCGGAAACGAGAUUAUCGGCGACGGCGUCAACGACCAGACGAAAGCCCUCGUACCCGCCAUGAAAGCAAUCCAGGCUUCACUGGUGAAAGCCAGUUUGGAUUCAAACAUCAAAGUCUCGUCCCCCAUAGCUAUGAGUUGCUUGGGAAACUCUUACCCUGCAUCGGCCGGCUCAUUCAAACCGGUAUUGGUCGAUGCCGUGAUUAGACCGAUGUUGGCUUUCUUGAAACAGACCGGGUCUUACCUCAUGGUUAAUGUUUUUCCUUUUUUCGCGUACAAAGAUAACUCGAACCGAAUCUCACUCGAUUACGCUUUGUUUAAAAACAAUCCCGGAGUGGUUGAUUCGGGUAACGGGGUUAAAUACAAUAGCCUUUUCGAAGCUCAACUCGACGCCGUUUACGCCGCCUUGUCGGCUCUUCAAUACGAUAACAUGAAAGUGGAGGUGACGGAGACGGGGUGGCCUUCGGCCGGGGACGAGGCUGAAACCGGUGCAAGCCCAGCUAAUGCGGCGGCGUAUAACAGUAACUUAGUACGGCGAGUAUUGACCGGUAAUGGUACCCCAUUGAGACCCAACGAUCCAAUUAAUGUCUACAUAUUUGCUUUGUUUAACGAGAACCAAAAGCCAGGUCCCACAUCGGAAAGAAACUUCGGGUUAUUUUACCCCGAUAUGCAAAGGGUAUAUGACAUACCGUUAUCACAACAGGGGUUAAACGGUAAUUUUCCACAGCCGACGAACAGUAGUAGCCAGUCACCUCCGGCGAACAACGGCACCGGCGGUGGAGUGUCAAAGACGACGGUGGGGCAGACAUGGUGCUUGGCCAACGCUAAUGCGGACCAGCAAGAGCUGCAGGCGGCGUUGGAUUAUGCCUGCGGAGAGGGAGGAGCCGAUUGUGGCCCGAUUCAGUCAAACGGCGCGUGUUUUAAUCCCAAUACUCUCGUUGCCCAUGCCUCGUACGCUUUCAAUAGCUACUAUCAAAAGAAGGCACGUGUGAGUGGCUCGUGCGUUUUCAACGGGGCGGCUUACGUGUCCACGCAACCUCCACCAUUUGGGAACUGUCAAUAUCCAACUGGGCAUUGAAGUGUGCAAAAAACAGAGAAGAUUUGGUGAAUUUCAGCAAUACAUUUAUCUGGGCUACUAAUUUUACCUUUUUUAUUGUUACAAAUAGAAAAGUGAAGAGUUUUGGUGUAACUCUCUAUCUUUUGUAUUUGUAUUUAGUGAUACGAGUUAUUAACAAGGGAAAUUAUACAUUUCUCUCA